GGCUUCUUUUUUUUUUCUCGCGCGGCUCCUGCCGCUCUCCCCGCCGCGCCGGCCGUCCCUGCAAGGCGCCCGCCGGCAUGGCCCGCCCGGAGCUCCCCCCCGCGCAGCAGGCUCCGCGGAGGAGGCUGCAGGGACGCUAGCCCGGGCGCCUCCAGGGCUCGGCUCGCCGGCAGCCCCGCAGCGGCGCGGCGCAGCACCCGGGGCCCCGCAGCACGACCCAGCCACGUCCGCCGUGCAUGAGGCCGGGACGCAGCGCGCGGGACCCGCGUCCGCAGAGCCACCCCUUCCGAUGUCCCGGCAUGAGGCUUCUCCGACAACGGUGCAACCCGCCGGCCACCACCGCCCCAACGCCUGCUGCUUCUGCUGGUGCUGCUGCUGCAGCUGCUCCUGGAACGAGGACCGGGAGCGAGCAUGGAGGGCGUCUCGGGAGACCAAACUGGAGACCAUCCCAAACUGUGAAGCCUGCGCCAGACCCACGGCCGAGGAGGUGCGGGGCUGGGCCCAGUCCUUCGACAAGCUGAUGAAGAGCCCGGCGGGCCGCAACGUCUUUCGGGAGUUCUUGCGGACUGAAUACAGCGAGGAGAACAUGCUCUUCUGGCUGGCGUGCGAGGAGCUCAAAAGCGAGUGCAACAAGCACACCAUCGACGAGAAGGCCCGCACGAUCUACGAGGACUACAUCUCCAUCCUCUCGCCCAAAGAGGUGAGCCUGGACUCGCGGGUGCGGGAGGUCAUCAACCGGAAGAUGCAGGAGCCGUCCUCGCACACCUUCGACGACGCGCAGCUGCAGAUCUACACGCUGAUGCACAGGGACUCGUACCCCCGCUUCCUGAACUCUGCCAUCUACAAAGCGCUGCUGCACAGCGUCUCCCGCUCCUCCUCCGAGUCCUAAGGGCACCGCCAGCCCCGGGAGCCCCGCCGGGGAGGGGGGGGCGGCCCCCCGUUUUUAGCUUUUUACCUACGAACCGUCAUCGCCCUGGUUUUGGGGCCACCCGGCAGCGCUGUCCCCCCCCGGGCCAGCGGUCCCCGCGCGGGCGCC